AUGAGUGCUUUUGGAUACCGACUAAUGGAUCCAGUCUCAAAGUAUAUCAUAGAGGCGAAACGACGGGAGGGAAUGCAGGCCGACAAUAAAACUGAACUCCGCCACCAAUUACACGAAAUGGUGAAGGAAGCAUUUCAAGAUGCAAUCGAAGAAGAGAACGGAAUCGACUACUAUGCUAGAGGAUGGGCGGAGUCGAAUUACUCGGUGAGUAUGUCGGCAACAUUUCUCGGUAACCGUAUUUCUGGAAACGAGGUGUCUCAAUUCUGUGGUCGGCUAGCUACCAACCAAUUCUUUCAUGUACCGGAUGCAUAUCGAGACGGUGUAUGGUUCAACCCAUCAAAGCCGAUUCCUAUUCCAGUUUUGAAUGUAACAUUCCACAUACCAACUCGAUGGUUUCGAAAUAUUGCUGAAAGAUCCCCACUGAUCUAUAUUUGCUAUGAAGGCGACUCAUUCCUCAAAUUACUACCAUUCGAAACGAAGCCCACCGACUGGACGGAAGAUGGGCGGUACCAUAAAACGGUGCUUUUCAACUCGUAUAAUGAGAGAUGUCGGAUAAGAGAAGUGAUGAUCAAACUGGAUGAUUAUUGGAAUAAUCGAUAUUUGCUUCCGAGAAAACUGAGUGGUUUGGUGACGGUCUACUCGGAUUCGAUUCUUCCGAGGGUGGUGUUCGACAAGGAGUGUGAUAUGGAUAAGGGAACCGACCAACCCUGCUGCCUGUGGAAGUUCUUCUUCAAUGACUCCGAUGGCACCACAAAAGUGUUUCACCGUUGUUUUGGAAGUAUCCCCAUUGAAGCACUCAAGAAUGCUCAAGUACCUGAUGCAUUGUCGGAUGUACUGGUAUCUGGUGGAUUCACGAGAAGAUUCUUGAAUGCACCGACUAGAGUAUGUCGGGGAAUCGAGUUCAGACCGUUUGUCAUGAAGCAACCAGAUGGGAAGAUCAAGAUAGAUUCUGGAUCUCAAAAGCCAAUCUCGGUUCUCAAAAUCGACAUUUCAGGCAACCCUCAGAAAUUGAUGACGUCAUCUAUUCUGAAUCUCCAUUUUUCAGAAACUCGAAAAAGUGGACGCCAUUAA